AUGAAUUUUUUUUGUCUAGUUUUUCUUAAUUUUUUUCAAAGAAAGGAUUCUUUCCUUUCCUUUGUUUCUUUCUUUCUUGUUUUUCUUUAUCCUUUUUUCUUUUCUUCUUUCUUUCCAUCAGAUUUUUAUUAUUCUCAUAUUUUACUUUUUAACAAUCUUUCUUUUUCUUUCUUUCUUUCUUUCUUUCUUUCUUUGUUCUUUCUUUGUUUCUUUGUUUCUUUUUUCUUUCUUUCUUUCUUUUCAUUGUUUCUAUCUUUACACGUCUUUUGUAUUCUUUUUUUUUUCUUCUUCUCACAUUUUCUUCCUUUUAUUUUUUAUUUUUUUCUUUUUUUUCCUUUUUUUUUUUUUUUUUUCUUUUUUUUUUCUUUCUUUCUUUCUUUCUUUGUCACUUCUCUUUUUAUUCCUGCCUUUUCUUUUCCCCUUUCUUUCGUUCUAAGUCUUCCUAUCACUUUGUCACUUUAUUUGUUUGUUACUCUUCCUCUUUUUCCUCUUGUGAAUAUUCUUUCUUUCUUUAUUUCCUUCUUUUUCUUUCUUUCUUUUUCACGCAUUUCUGUUCUUCUUUUCCUUUCUUCUUUCUUGUCCCAUUCCCGCUUUUUCUUAACCUUUUUUCAUUCUUUAUGUGAUCCUCUUUUCUAUCCAGCUUUUCCUCCUCCUUCUUUUCCCUUUUCUACCUUUUACUCAAACCUUGUGUGUUUGUUUAUUUGUUUAUUUGUUACUUUCUUUCUUUCUUUCUUUCUUUCUUUCUUUUCUUUCUUUCUUUCUUUCUUUUUUUUUUCUUCUCAUUGUUUAUAUCUAUACACGUCUUUUAUAUUCUUUCUAUUUUUUCUGCUUUUAUUCUCAAUUUUUCUUCCUUUUAUUUUUUCUGUCUUUCUUUUUCUUUUUUCAAAAGAAGUUUUAAAUAAUUUUUUCUAUUAUUCAUUCCUUUCCAUUCUCUAUUUUUUGCUUUCAAAAAAUUUUUUUCUUUCUUUUCUUUUUCUUUUCGAAGAAAAUUUUAUUUAUUUUCGUUUUGAUUUUUUUCUUUUUCUUUUUUUCUUUCUUUUUCUUUUUCUUUUUUUUUUUCUUUCUUUUCUUUUCUUUCUUUUUUUAAUGAAUUUAUUUUCUUUUUUUUUUUUUUUUCUUAUUUAUUUUAUUCUUUUAUAUUUUUCAAUUAGUCCUUUAUUUUAUUUUAAUUUUUUUUUCUUUUUUGAUUUUUUCCUUUUUUUUUUUCUUUUCUUUUUUCUUUUUUCUUUCAUUCUUUUUUCGUCUAUAUAUAAUAAUAUACCGUCCUUUUCUUUUUAUUUCCCUUUAUUUCUUUUUUCUUUUUUCUUUCCUUUCCUUCCCUUUAAAAAUAUAUUGUCCUUUUUUCUGAUUUUUUUCUUUCUUUCUUUCUUUCUUUCUUUCUUUCUUUCUUUUCUUUUUAUAAAAAUAACAAACAAUAUUUUCUUUCUUUCCAAAUCAGAAUUGAAAAAAGAAAGAAAGACAAUCUUUCCUUUUCUUUCUUUAAAAUUUUUUUCUUUUCUUUUUUCUUUCUUUCUUUCUUUCUUUUCUUUUUUUUUUUUGGACUUCUUUCUUUAUUUUAAUUUUUUUUCUUUUUUAAAUUUUUUUGUUCCUUUAUUUUCUUUCUUUCACGUACUUUUUUUUCUAAAUUUCCUUCCUUUUUUCUAUUCCUUUCUUUUCUUUCCUUUUUUCUUGUCCUUUUUUUUGCUUUUCUUUCUUACUAUUUCUUUUUCCUCUUUUAUUCCUAUUUUUUUCGUUUCUUUCCUCUUCUUUUCAUUUAUUUUUUAUUUUUCAGAAAUUCUUCUUUCUCUAUUUCUCUCUAUUUUCUUUCUUUCUCUUUUUUUUCUUUCUCAUUCCUGUCGUUAUUUCAAUGUAACUACCAGUCCAUCCAGCAUUCCAAUUUUAAUAUCUAUCUAUUCAUUCUAUCUAUCUAUCUAUUCAUCUAUCUAUCUAUCUAUCUAUUAUUUCAGUAUCUAUUCAUCCAUCUAUCUAUCUAUCUAUCUAUCUAUUCAUCUAUCUAUCAUCAUUGUUCAUUCAUCUAUCUAUCUAUCCCAGUCUGUGUAUCUAUCUGUCUAUCUUUUUAUUUCAAUCUUUUUAUUAAUUCAAUCUAUCUAUCUAUCUAUCUAUCUAUCUAUCUAUCUAUCUAUCCCAUCUGAGGAUAAGAAUAUCAUCUGUCUGUCUGUCUAUGUCUAUUUAUCUUCUUCAAUCUAUCUAUCUAUCUAUCUAUCUAUCUUCAUUCAUCUAUCUAUUGAUCUUAUUUAUCUAUCUUUCUAUCUAUUAAUCUAUCUAUCCUUUUAUAUGAUUAUUCAUCAUUCAUUCAUCAUUCAUUCAUCUAUCUAUCUAUCUAUUUUUAUAUCUUCAUCUAUCUAUAUAUUCGAUUCCUUUUUAUUUUUUAUAUAA